AUGUUCAUCGGGCUCCCUCCCCACAGGCGAGAGGAGCAACCGGCGGCGGCCGAUGCGACGGUCCAGCGACGCAACUGCCUCGGCGCCGCCUGCGACUCGCCUGCUGCCACCACGAACAUCACCAACUUGGUCAUCAUCCUCGGAGUCGUCAUUCCCGUCGUCGCCAUCGUCGGCGUUCUUUACUACCUCCAUCGCAGGACCGGCCGUCGCCUGAGAAUCGAAGAUGCCAAAGACUCCACCACGGGCCUCGAUUUCGGCCUCGACGACGGUCCCAUGAAGAGUGGCAGGCGAAAGAACCUGGGAGCGGAGAAGGGAGCGCACAAGCCUAGCCAGCUGUCCAUGGACAUGAACCUGGAUUCUCCCUACCUGCUCCCCCCGGGCGCCCACCAGUCUCAGGACUCGAUCCACACGCUUGCCCGUACCUUUCACCAGCACGAGCAGGAUCCCUAUCGGUUGGUCAAGGAUUACGUGAACAGCGAGGCCGGCUCCGUCAGGUCCUUCAACCCGAACCGGGACCCGUCCGCCCUCGGCGCCAGCAGGCAUGGAUCCAUCGCCACCCAUCGAUCCUUCGGAGCAUCCGUCGCUCCUCCGCCUCGGACGAACUCGAUUCCCAAGUCGCCCAUCUCGCCUUCGGCGUCCGAGCACAGCAAGCGCCACAACCCGUUCGCGACCCCCGAGCGCCCCGCCACCGCGCACGUCAAGGAACCCGCUCGCCAGCCUCAGCCUGCGGCCGUCGAGAUGGCCAACGCGCCGUACCCGGCCGAUGCUCCGAUGAAUGCCGGCCCCGGCUUCGACAUGCCGCAGGUUCCGUCGCCCCCCGCGACCAGAGACGGCAGCAACACUCUGAACACCUCCCGCUCCGCCCCCCUGCCCCUCGCCAAGUCCAACCUCUCGCACCGCUCGCAGGACAACGUCGCCGCCGGAGCGUACGCCGCCAACGACGGCUCCCAACCUCGCCCCGACACGACCGCUGCCGCCCUCGGACUCGACAAGCCCCUCCCCUCCGUCGCCUCGCAGACGUCCAUCCGUGGCGAUGCCCGCGCCUUCGACUCUGCUCCCGCACAAGCCGGCCACGCAUCUCAAGGGGAGUACCCCGAGACGAGGACGCGACAGGAGUACGACGGGUACGAGGAGGAACCCCGUGGUCGUGGCAGGCGGCGACAGGUCUCGCCCGACUACCAGCAGCAGCCGCAGCCGCAGCAGCAGCCGAGGAAGGGCCUCGCCGCUCCGUCGCGAAAGUCGAAGAGAGUCUCGGUCGGAGUCCGACCCCUCCCGCCGAACGAGGUGACGGACUCUGAGGAUCCGGAGUACCGCGCAAACCGCAUUCGAUCCUUCUACAAGGAGUACUUUGAGGAGACCAAGGAGCCUGCUCCGCCGAUGCCCAACCACCCGAUGCCUGCCGCCGAGGCGGCGUACGACGAUUAUGACGCCGGCUACCUCGGCGAUGCCGCCUACUACGACGUGGACACUAACGCCUUCGUCAUGCCCUACGCGCAGCCGGUCACGAGGCGCGCCAUGACGCCUCCCCCGUCGUCCCGCUCUCGGGUCGGACCCGGAGGCCCGGGCGGCCGAGGACCUCGCGGCCCCGGAUCCAUCGGAGGCAUGAGCCUUCCGGGUGGAGUCCGUGGCCGGCCCCGCGCCGGCUCUGCCUUUGGCCCGCCGAGGCCAGGCUCCUCCAGCUCGGCCCAGAUGCGCGGUUCGUCGAGGAAGCGCCUCCCACCUCCGGCCGACCUCAACACGCUGCCGACGCCGUCGAAGCUCCGAGACGACUCGUUCGCCCUCCUCAACGCUGCCGACUUUGCGCCCCCGAACACGUUCAGGGACCACGUUGCCGGCCGCAGCCAGAGCCCCCUGGGCGAGAGACGGCCGUACCAGCCCAGAGUGCCGGCCGCGUCGCCUCUCGUCACCUCCUACGACGACCUGGCGGUCCUGCCCAGCCCGCACCUGCUGCGCAAGUCGGCGACCUUUACCAACCUCGACUUCGCCCCGCCCAAAAAGUUCAGGGACGCGGACACGAUGAGCGACGCCGGCAGCAUCAGGAGCGAGAGGAGCAAUCGGAGCAACCGGAGCAACCGGAGCGGCGUCUCGGCCGUGCAGCUGGGUGCCAUCCGCAGCGGAGCUGGUCGCGUCAGCCGGCUGCCGGGCGACACCGUCUUCACGGCCGCCGCCAUGAAUAACCAGCUGAAGCCGCAAUGGGACAUGAACCGGUGA